AGCUGUGCCACUCGACGCCGCUGCCGUGUCUGAGGUAAACUCCUCGCUGCCGUCCCAGCAUCUGCAGCAGGCGGAGAACAGGUCAUUCACACGAGCCUGGGCGACCAGCUGCGACCUGAAAGGGGCUUUUUCUCGCUCGUGUGCGGCAACAUGUUCGUCUUUGUCCGGCGUGGCGCGUAAAAGCCGGACGGGAACCUUGGAAAAGAAGUUUUGUGAAGUUGAAAACUGCGCCUUGGACGUCAGAGGAAGAAAUAAUGAUCCUCCGAAGAGUCGAGCCUCAAUGAAAUAAUGGUGUCAUACAUCAGUGGUCGAUGGUGGAGAUGGAAGUUCCGGAACAUUGUCCCAGUCCUCCUGCUCCUGAUAUGCAUCCCAAAGUCAGCAGUGCUGAGCUGCCAAGGCAACUGCAAUGAGGUGCUCGAAUCCUCUGAAGGGAUUUUUACGUCCCCCUGCUACCCGUCUGACUACCCGCCGAGCCAGUCCUGCGCGUGGACCCUGCAGGCUCCGGCCGGCUUCAUCAUCCAGAUCACCUUCCUCGACUUUGAGCUCGAGGAAGUACAUGGCUGCAUCUACGACCGCGUUGUCAUCGACAACGGCUCAGGCACCAGCAAUAGCUUUUGCGGCCUGACGGCCAAUGGACUCGCGCUCAACUCCACUGGGAAUGUGAUGACGGUGUAUUUUAGUUCUGAUUUUAGUGUCCAGAAGAAGGGCUUCAGUAUCAGUUACAGGCAAGUUGCAGUGGCACUGAGGAACCAGAAGGUUACCGUGCCACAGAACUCCAAAGAUGUGAUUAAAGUGACCAGCACGGUGUCAUUUCCUGAGCUGAACGAGUUCACAGUGUGCUUUGAGAUCGCCCGCUUGACCCAGAAAAGCACAGAGACCAUCUUCACCUACUUGGAUGCAAGCGAUGGCGUCCUGCUGUCCUUUGGCGCCAUUGGGAGCAAAAUGCAGCUGAGCAUAUGCAGCGUGAAGUGUUUCAUCGAUGACCUGGUCACCUCGGUAGAUUUCACCUCCCAGAUACAGCUCUUCUGCCUCACCUGGUCUAAAACCAACGGUCGCGUUGCCGUGAACUUCGGAGGAAACUACCGGGUCAACACAUGCUCCGCUUCAGUGGGCCUGAGUGUGGACCCUGGCGGCUCCUUAGAGUUAGGGGGCGGAGGAGGGGGCCUGAACUUCAACAGCAUCAUCUACAACUUCCGCCUGUGGGAUUCAGCCAAGACCUUCUCGGAGCUGUCUGCACUGACAUGCGAUGCCGUGGGGAACAUUGUGGACUGGGACAACAGCUUCUGGGACAUCCCGGCCUCAUAUGCCCAGACGGACCCCAGCCUCAGCUGCAGUACCACCCUACCAUACACGACUCCUCAAACCACCAGCUGUUCUUCCUCGGGAUUGGGCUGCCCAGCACCAUUAACUACUACCGCCCCAUCCACUGUCACCACUAACACGAUUCCUACUAAUGCAACAACCAACGCUACUACUAGCAUUCCUUUAACCACAACCACUGCUCAGACUACAUCAUCCUCUACUACAGCUAUUACACCAUCCACCACCAGCACAACAACUGCUGCUGCUACUAUUGCAACCAAUGAGGAUACUUUCUACAGCAUUACCAUAACGAGUCAACGAGAGAUCACAGAGGAGACCAUGGCAAACUGGUUCAACCGAACAUUUCAAGACUGGAACUACACUGUUAAAGUAUAUAAUAUUAGCAUUCAACCUGGCACUGAUGCCUCCAGCAAUAGAUACACUUCUAAGGCCCUGCUGUUGUAUAGAAACACUACAGGGAAAGAUCUGAUGAGCACUGAGAUUGAGACCAAGCUAAACAGCUCUUCUGCGUCUGGUGACCUGAGGUUGGAAAAUAUAGUUAUAAAUGUCAUUGAAAACUGUCCGGAGGAGGACACGCUCCAUUAUAAAUGGUUAGAGACGAGACCAUUAGACACCAAGAACAUCUCCUGCUUCCCCUACAAAGAGCAGAAUGCAAGUAGGACAUGCAUGAUCAGCCCUGAUAAUUAUACAUCAUUUUGGGGCCAACCAGACUUCAGUAGCUGCAAAGAUAUAGAAGAAAUUGAAGUUUCAUCAGGGAACGCUGUAGAGGUGGCUGUCCAUCUUGCUGACAUCACAAACAAUGAGCUGUCCACUGCGGAGGUUUCACAAGUUGUUACUGUGGUGAAGAAGCUGGUGAACGUGGCUCGAAUCAAUGCCACCCUGGCCACUACUGUGGUCACCAUUAUCUCCAACGUGAUGAUCACCUCCGACUCUGCACAGAUGGCUGCCUCAGGAACUGCUCUGAAAACCAUGGAGGAACUGGUGCAGAAGAUUGAGUUCGAUGGCCCAUCCCUGAGCAUCACCUCCAAGAACCUGGCAGUGGGCAUCUCAGCUCUUAACACCAGUAGUUUCAAUGGAACCAGCUUCAGCGCCUUUAUUCCUCCCAAUGGCACCGACCCCCAGAUUCAUUUUGAGUCAGAAAUCCAGAACCCGCUGGCCGCUGUCACACUGCCUGCCACGUUACUGAAUAACCUGAGCACCGCCGACAUUGAGACCAUCUCCAGAAUAAAUUUCAUGUUCUUUAGCAAAACUGGGCUCUUCCAGGACCAACAGAGCAAUGGCCUGUCUUUGAACAGUUAUGUGGUAGCCAGCAGUGUGGGCAACUUCACCAUCAGCAAUCUGAGAGAUCCUGUCCAAAUAGAGAUCGCCCAUCUACACUCCCUUCAGAAGAAUGCAAAGCCACAGUGUGUGUUUUGGGAUUUCACCAUGCAAAAUGGCAGUGGAGGCUGGAACAGUGAGGGUUGUGUGGUCAGCUCUGAGUCCAGCAGCAACAGGACAGUCUGUUUGUGUAGCCACCUAACACACUUUGGCAUUCUGAUGGACAUUUCCGGAGCUGCAGUUGAAAUCGAUGAGAGGGACACCAAGAUUCUCACCUUUAUCACGUACAUUGGCUGUGGCAUCUCUGCCAUCUUCUCAGCGGUCACAAUACUGACUUACAUUGCCUUUGAGAAAUUACGGCGGGACUACCCGUCAAAGAUCCUGAUGAACCUGAGCACCUCGCUGCUCUUCCUCAACAUGGUCUUCCUGCUGGACGGUUGGCUGGCCUCCUACAACAAUGAGGGCCUGUGUGUGGCGGUGGCCGUCUUCCUACACUUCUUCCUGCUCACCUCUUUCACCUGGAUGGGCCUCGAGUCCAUCCACAUGUACAUCGCCCUGGUCAAGGUCUUCAACACCUACAUCCGGAGAUACAUCCUCAAGUUUUGCAUCGUCGGAUGGGGCCUACCUGCUGCAAUUGUAGGCAUUGUGGUGGCUGUGGACAAAGAUUCCUAUGGGAAGGAGUAUUAUGGGAAAGGGGAAAAUGGCCAAGGCUCGUCUGAAUUCUGUUGGAUACGCAGCAAGGUGGUUUUCUAUGUGACGUGUGUGGCCUACUUCUCCAUCAUCUUCCUCAUGAACGUGGCCAUGUUCAUUGUGGUGAUGAUGCAGAUCUGUGGUAGGAACGGCAAGCGCAGCAACCGCACAGUACGGGAGGAGGUUCUGCGCAACCUGCGCAGCGCAGUCAGCCUCACCUUCCUGCUGGGCAUGACUUGGGGCUUCGCAUUCUUUGCCUGGGGCCCUGUCAACCUAGCCUUCAUGUACCUCUUCUCCAUUUUCAACUCUUUGCAAGGUUUAUUCAUAUUCAUCUUCCACUGUGCGCUGAAAGAAAAUGUACAGAAGCAAUGGAGAAGAUAUCUAUGCUGUGGAAAGUUCCGCUUGGCUGACAAUUCAGACUGGAGCAAAACAGCCACUAACAACACCAAGAAAGUGAGCUCAGACAAUCUGGGGAAGUCGCUCUCCUCCAGCUCCUUUGGCUCCACCACGGCCAACUGGACCUCCAAGGCCAAAACUACGCUGAACCCCUUCGCAAAGCGACACAGCAGCACAGGUACAGGUUAUUCUAACCAGACCGGCCCGAAGUGCAGCCCUUCUGAUGCCGACGCCUCCACCUCCUCCAUCCUGCCCGUCCACCAGGUUCUGGACAAGGUGAAAGGCUACUGUUCGGUGCGCUCUGACAACUUCUACAAAAACAUCAUCAUGUCGGACAGUUUUAGCAACAGCACCAAGUUUUAGAGCGAGGCAGAGCAGGUAAGAGGAGAGACCGAGUUAGACCUUCUAUGUUGGGCAGGCUUUUCUUAGACCAGCAGGACACUAGCAACUGUGUAUACUGUACUAUACUGAGCUAACCAACCAGAAACGGCGUAGAGCGGCCAUAACCAACCCUGUAGAGAGGGGAAGCUGCGGAGGGAGUGAUUUACAUACUGUGAUGUUCAAACUGACUGUCUGUGUCCUGUAAAUAUUCAUAGUAUAUUUUACUGAAUGUCUGUAUGUGCUUUUUUUUCUAAUUUCCCAUUUGUGUACCUUCACUUUGUUUUUUUUUGUGCUUUUGUUCUUUAUUUUGUUUGUUUGUAUAUACACAGCCGCAUACGUUUUGUUUAUAUUUCCGCUUCACCAGAAAUGAAAUGAAAUAAACAAAUAAAUAUAUAAAGCAGGACCAGUUUUGACCCUGAAGACUCCAAAAGGAAGACACUUACUGUAGCUGUUUGUGGUUAAAAGGAACAAGCAUUUUGGUUAUUUACGGUCUGCCAGUCGCCUCUCGUCGCCACAACAAGCCAAGUAAACAUUUCCGCUGUACAGGAGUGAAGCCGAAAUAUUGUUUAUUUUGUCACUAUUUAUGUUGCUCUUGGUUUGAAUUCACAUGCUCUACUACUGAUUAACACUUUACAGAGGAUUGUUUUGACAAACAGACGCUACCGUUCAAACGUUUGGAAUCAUUUGUUAACAGGUUUUUAUUUCCUACACACGAGAAGUUAUUAUAGAAAUUACUGCCCAAAAGGUGUAGCACUGCGCAAAAGUCACCUUUCACUCUCCAGUCAAAGUGGCCAGUAGGUUUGUUUAUCAAUAUCAGAAAAAAGCAUAAAAAACAUGCAUUUAACAGAGAAUUGCACAGAAGUGUCCAUAAGUAAAUAUACUAGAAAAUGUCCAAUGAUUCCAAAACUUUCAUAUUUCAUGAGCUACAUUCAGAAGCUGGGCGUCGUAUGAGGCUGUAACUCUUCUUUCCAGUCAAAUAGAUGAUGAUGUCAUAUUAAACCCUUAUAAUAAAAGAAGCUAAACUCUGUUUGUUUUUCUACUGAAAGUCGAGCCGUUUUUCCCCAAAUCUGGGCUAUAAACUAUAAACAGACGGCGUCUCUUCAGUGAUCUGCUCUGUAAACGUUACGUCAGAGAUUUUUGCCUUUCAGCAGUAAAUUGUAAGCAUAUAGUGAUACGUGUAGAUCAUAAAACACAUGUUCUGUUAACUUGAGGGGAACUUUGACACACAAAAAAAAUGUACAUUUAUUUCAUGC